UUAGCAAAGGAAUUAUGGGGUUAUUUUAGGACCCUGUCUUUAUUUUCUUGUCUAUUUCCUUGGUUACCAUGGCGACCUCCCCUUUCCUAAAUCUCCCUUUCCUCUCUAGGUGAUGGCGUCUGUGUUUUUCUCUGCUCCUCUGACGUGGAGACGGAGCACAUGCAGUGUGUUGUCUCUGUCUCUCUCUCUGCCGAUGAUUGUGGAGUGCUGGAGGACAGACAACAACCAACUGAUAGAGCUUCCAAAGGGAAUGUGUGAUAGGGUUGUCAGUGAGCCAUACAGUAGAGCUGUCCUGUUCGUUUGGGCCUCCUGUGUGUUUGCUAAGAGAACGCUUUCACUUCUAUGAGGUGAAGUGACCUCACUUUUACCGGUCUUGCACUCUAUCCUAAUGCUCUAAACUAUACGUCUUGACCACUAAGCAUCAUAUAUAAGACCUUUCCUCAGAACGCACUCUGAACUGUGUGUAGCAAAACCACAGUUACAAAAGAGGAAGUGCUCACUACUUACUUAUUUCCUUCCGCAUCCUCUCAUUUUUCUUUAUACCCGUUUAUUCCUUCAUUCGUCCUUUUUGUUUCUCAUAGAAAUGUUUAAUUGGUCCUGAAUUGGGUGAAGUUUGUUUGUGCUGUCAUCACGUGGCAUGUUUCUGGAGAACUGCUUGUCAGAUUGGGUGCACUUCUCGUUGUAGCACGGCUAUUUGGAUUGAUUCAGUGUUGACGUCAGUCAGGAAGCUGUACACAGGAGUUCCCCUAUUCAGUCUGCUUGCUGCUACUGCUCUGAAGGGGAUAUGGAGGAUUUUCCUGAUAUGUACCAGGGGAAAGACCCUGAGGACAUUGAAUCUUUCCAGGGUGAGAGGAGGAAGAUCAUUCAGCCGACAUCUUUGAAAGAUCCCAAACUUGAAAAGCUGAAAUCGGUUUUGGUUAACUGGAUCAACAGUACUUUGAAAGAGGAACACAUCGUAGUGCAGAGUCUGGAAGAGGAUAUCUUUGAUGGCCUAAUCCUCCAUCACCUCCUUGGGAGGUUAGCUGGAGUGCUUCUGUCUGUGGAGGAGAUAGCGGUGACCGGCGCUGCUCAGACACGCAAGCUGGAGGUCAUCCUGGAGGCCCUGAAUGAGAAACUGGGGCUACAGGACAGCUCUCUCAGCAGGUGGAGUGUCAAACUUAUCCACAGCAAAGACUUGCUGGCCACACUCCAUCUUCUGGUUGCCAUGGUGAGGUGCUUCCAGCCUAAUCUGGAGCUUCCCCCAAAUGUCAGAGUGGAAGUUGUCUUGUUGGAGGUCAACAGAAGUGGAAUCAAAUCAGAAAAGGAAAUAGAGAUUCUUACAGAUGAAAGCGAUUCAGCUACCGACGCCCUGAGCAGCUCAGACAGCGAGGAUCCCAUUGAGCAGCUGCUGAAGCUGGACCCCCACAAGAUCAACACAGUAAAGCGGGCCAUCAUGCACUUUGUCAACAAGAAGAUGUCAACCUUGGGACUACAGGUGACAGACAUGGAGAAACAGUUUUCAGAUGGUGUUAUUCUCCUUCUGCUGAUUGGACAGUUGGAGGGCUUCUUUGUUCCACUCUAUGACUUCAACAUCACCCCAGUCAACGCUACUGAGAUGCUGCAGAAUGUGACCGUGGCCCUGGACCUCCUGAAUGACAUAGGGCUACCCACGACCAACAUUGAGCCCCAAGAUAUAGUCUCUCAGGAUGUGACAGCUACCUUGAAGGUCCUAUAUGCCCUGUUCAAGAAGCACAAAAGCAGAUGAGAGUGGGAAGAACACGGACGAGGACAUUAGGAGGUGAAGACGCCAGAAGUCCUUUGCCUGAGGUGUUUUUCCCCUGGCAAGUCCAGAAUAAUAGGCUGAUUCCCUCUGUGAAAUUACAGAAAAAUCAUAUAUCGAUUCUAUGUAAAGCUUUGUGUCAAUAAAAUUGUACUGUAUGUGCCAUAGUUUGAAUAGCAUGGGAAACCAAUCCCCGACCACAUUCCCUUUUGAAGAUCCAAGUAAUCUCAAAGUAGUCUGAAAUUGUGAGUGAGUAUCCUAUUGUGUUCUAUGACUCUGACGCUGCUGCUCGCUGCAACAAGAUAUCAUAGGAAAACGGCAUCUUGUGACGUUUUUACAAAACGAUAAGCAUCAAAAUGUAUGAUGCUUAUGUCAAUACAUUGCAGUCAAUGGGAAAAGAUGAGCGUCACAGGGUUGAUGCCUAAGUGAAUACAGUGCAUUUAAUAGGGGAAGAUUAUUGACACAAUGUGGACGCCUUUGGACAUGACACCCUCGUUCUCUCUCAAUUCAAUUCAAUUGGCUUUAUUGGCAUGGGAAACAUAUGUUAACAUUGCCAAAGCAAGUGAAGUAGAUACUAUACAAAAGUGAAAUAAACAAUAAAAAUGAACAGUAAACAUUACACUCACAGAAGUUCCAAAAGAAUGAAGACAUUACAAAUGUCAUAUUAUGUAUAUACAGUGCCUUGCGAAAGUAUUCGGCCCCCUUGAACUUUGCGACCUUUUGCCACAUUUCAGGCUUCAAACAUAAAUAUAUAAAACUGUAUUUUUUUGUGAAUCAACAACAAGUGGGACACAAUCAUGAAGUGGAACGACAUUUAUUGGAUAUUUCAAACUUUUUUAACAAAUCAAAUACUGAAAAAUUGGGCGUGCAAAAUUAUUCAGCCCCUUUACUUUCAGUGCAGAAAACUCUCUCCAGAAGUUCAGUGAGGAUCUCUGAAUGAUCCAAUGUUGACCUAAAUGACUAAUGAUGAUAAAUACAAUCCACCUGUGUGUAAUCAAGUCUCCGUAUAAAUGCACCUGCACUGUGAUAGUCUCAGAGGUCCGUUAAAAGCGCAAAGAGCAUCAUGAAGAACAAGGAACACACCAGGCAGGUCCGAGAUACUGUUGUGAAGAAGUUUAAAGCCGCAUUUGGAGACAAAAAUAUUUCCCAAGCUUUAAACAUCCCAAGGAGCACUGUGCAAGCGAUAAUAUUGAAAUGGAAGGAGUAUCAGACCACUGCAAAUCUACCAAGACCUGGCCGUCCCUCUAAACUUUCAGCUCAUACAAGGACAAGACUGAUCAGAGAUGCAGCCAAGAGGCCCAUGAUCACUCUGGAUGAACUGCAGAGAUCUACAGCUGAGGUGGGAGACUCUGUCCAUAGGACAACAAUCAGUCGUAUAUUGCACAAAUCUGGCCUUUAUGGAAGAGUGUCAAGAAGAAAGCAAUUUCUUAAAGAUAUCCAUAAAAAGUGUCGUUUAAAGUUUGCCACAAGCCACCUGGGAGACACACUAAACAUGUGGAAGAAGGUGCUCUGGUCAGAUGAAACCAAAAUUGAACUUUUUGGCAACAAUGCAGAACGUUAUGUUUGGCGUAAAAGCAACACAGCUCAUCACCCUGAACACACUAUCCCCACUGUCAAACAUGGUGGUGGCAGCAUCAUGAUUUGGGCCUGCUUUUCUUCAGCAGGGACAGGGAAGAUGGUUAAAAUUGAUGGGAAGAUGGAUGGAGCCAAAUACAGGACCAUUCUGGAAGAAAACCUGAUGGAGUCUGCCAACAAGACAAUGAUCCAAAACAUAAAGCAAAAUCUACAAUGGAAUGGUUAAAAAAUAAACAUAUCCAGGUGUUAGAAUGGCCAAGUCAAAGUCCAGACCUGAAUCGAAUCGAGAAUCUGUGGAAAGAACUGAAAACUGCUGUUCACAAAUGUUCUCCAUCCAACCUCACUGAGCUCGAGCUGUUUUGCAAGGAGGAAUGGGGAAAAAUUUCAGUCUCUUGAUGUGCAAAACUGAUAGAGACAUACCCCAAGCGACUUACAGCUGUAAUCACAGCAAAAGGUGGCGCUACAAAGUAUUAACUUAAGGGGGCUGAAUAAUUUUGCACACCCAAUUUUUCAGUUUUUGAUUUGUUAAAAAUGUUUGAAAUAUCCAAUAAAUGUCGUUCCACUUCAUGAUUGUGUCCCACUUGGUGUUGAUUCUUCACAAAAAAUACAGUUUUAUAUCUUUAUGUUUGAAGCCUGAAAUGUGGCAAAAGGUCGCAAUGUUCAAGGGGGCCGAAUACUUUCGCAAGGCACUGUAUACAGUGUUGUAACGAUGUGUAAAUGCUUAAAGUACAAAAGGGAAAAUAAAUAAGCAUAAAUAUA